UGUUUCGAUGCCGUUUUGGUUCGUAAUGCAGUAAUAGCCUAAUAGGUAUCGGUGCCUAAAAGAAAUUUCGAAGCGCGCUUCUCUGGAACUCUGUAACUGCUGCUACUGCUAUGGACUCUAGCCCCAACAAAGCGUUAACGGACACUCGCUUUUCCGAUCUUAAGCCGCCGCUCUCCGAUCCGGUUCUCGAAGCCUUGACAGAAGCCGGCUUCGAGUUCUGUACGCCAGUUCAAGCCGCCACUAUCCCUUUGCUAUGCAGCUAUAAGGACGUCUCUGUCGACGCCGCCACCGGCUCCGGUAAAACUCUAGCUUUUCUUGUCCCUCUCGUGGAAAUCCUCCGCCGCACCACUUCUCCUCCAAAACCUCACCAGGUGAUGGGAAUGAUUAUAUCGCCAACAAGGGAGUUAUCAUCGCAAAUUUAUCACGUUGCUCAGCCUUUCAUUUCUACGUUGUCGAAUGUUAAGGCUAUGCUUCUUGUGGGUGGUGUUGAUGUGAAAACAGAUAUGAAGAAGAUAGAGGAGGAAGGAGCAAAUUUAUUGAUUGGUACGCCUGGGCGGUUAUAUGACAUAAUGGAACGUAUGGAUGUUUUAGAUUUCAGGAACCUUGAGAUUUUGAUUCUAGAUGAAGCUGACAGACUCUUAGAUAUGGGAUUUCAGAAACAGAUAAGUUACAUAAUAUCUCGUUUGCCAAAGCUUCGUAGAACUGGUCUUUUUUCAGCUACUCAAACGGAGGCUGUUGAAGAGCUGUCCAAAGCAGGGCUGAGGAAUCCUGUGAGGGUUGAAGUUCGAGCAGAAGCAAAAUCGCAGCCUGGUUCAGCAUCAUCUCAAACAUUAGCCUCUUCAAAAACACCUUCAGGCCUUCACCUUGAGUAUUUGGAAUGUGAAGAAGAUAAGAAACCAUCACAACUCAUUGAUCUCCUCAUUAAGAACAGUUCUAAAAAAACUAUAAUAUAUUUUAUGACUUGUGCUUGUGUUGACUACUGGGGAGUUGUUCUUCCGCGUUUGGCUGUUUUAAAGGGUCUUUCUUUGAUCCCCCUUCAUGGAAAGAUGAAGCAGACUGCUAGGGAGAAAGCAUUAGCUUCAUUCACGUCCCUUUCAAGUGGCAUUCUUCUAUGUACUGAUGUUGCAGCACGUGGACUUGACAUUCCCGGUGUUGAUUGUAUAAUUCAGUAUGAUCCACCUCAAGAUCCAAAUGUUUUCAUUCACCGAGUUGGGCGAACUGCUCGAUUGGGUAAACAAGGAAGUUCAAUUGUUUUUUUAUCACCAAAGGAGGAAGCUUAUGUAGAAUUCCUGCGCAUAAGAAGGGUUCCUCUACAGGAGAAAAAUUGCACUGAUGAUGUUUCUGAUGUAGUUCCUCAGAUACGGUCUGCUGCCAAAAAAGAUCGUGAUGUGAUGGAAAAAGGACUCAGAGCAUUUGUUUCUUAUAUCCGUGCAUAUAAAGAGCAUCAAUGCUCUUACAUCUUCAGGUGGAAAGAACUUGAGAUUGGUAAGUUGGCUAUGGGCUAUGGCUUACUACAGCUUCCUUCAAUGCCUGAGGUAAAGAACCAUUCACUUUCCACCAAGGGUUUCACUCCAGUUGAAGAUAUCAAUUUGGAGGACAUCAAGUAUAUGGACAAAUAUCGUGAGAAACAAAGGAAGAAGAAUCUGCAAGCAAAGAAAGAAGCACAACAGCAAGAACCAAAAUUCCAGAAACCCAACAAAACACCAAAGGAUGCAACUACUGUUAUGAGGAAGAAAACAGCCAAACAGAGACGUGCUUCCCAAGCAGUUGAGGAUGAUGAUGAGUUGGCACGAGAUUACCGUCUACUCAAAAAGCUGAAAAAGGGAAACAUAGACGAAAGUGAAUUUGCGAAAUUAACUGGAACUGAAGAGUUACUUUGAAGUGCAUGUCUAAAUUAUGCAGGUUGUGGUCUUGCGAAUUUAGAUGUUGACUGGGUUUUGGUGGGACUCAAAAUGAGAGACAGACUUUAGACCCAUCAAUAGUCAGGUUCCAGCACUUCUACAGAUUAAAUGCCAUCGUCGUAACAGAAAACUGGUGACAGACAACUUCAAUAGUGAUGGAGCUUCACUCUUGGUUAGUUCCCUUGUGAGGUCUUAAGUGAGUGGUAAAUUUUGGUGCUGAGAGACCUUUUCUUUUUCCUGGUAAUUCCAUGCAUAGCGUUGUUAGGUAUUGUUAGGUCAGACAUAAGAGAUAUGCAGCAAAAGUAGAGAUGUUAACACAAAAAUGUACCUCAACAUUUAGUCAUUGGCAAUGAAUGCAAAAAUAUUUAAUAAAAUGUUUAAACUGAUGGUAUA